AUGGCAAAUCAUGGUCCCGCACAAGAUCAGCCCAGCAUCGACGAGGGCCUGUACUCUAGGCAGCUCUACGUGCUGGGACACGAUGCCAUGGAGCGGAUGGCCCGAUCUGAUGUCCUCAUAUGCGGGAUGCGGGGCCUAGGCGUAGAGAUCGCCAAGAACAUAAUCCUCAGCGGGGUCAGAUCGGUGACAAUCCACGACCAGGGAGACUGCACCCUAGCAGAUCUGUCUGCGCAGUUCUACCUGAAUGAGGAGAGUCUUGGCAAGAACCGCGCCAAGGCAUGUGUGGAAUCGCUUGCCGAGCUUAACAGCUACGUCGUAGUGACAGCCCACACAGAGCCCUUGACCAACGACUUCUUGAAACGUUUUCGGGUAGUGGUGCUCACCGACACUCCCCUCGAGAAGCAGCUCUCUAUCUCGGCCUUCACGCACGUCAACAACAUCGCCCUCGUCGUGGCUGACACGCGUGGUCUCUGUGGGCAGAUAUUCUGCGACUUCGGCGAGAAUUUUCGCGUACUCGACUCCAAUGGCGAACGGCCCAUCUCUGUCUUGCUCGCCUCUAUCACCAAGGACAAAGAGGCUGUCGUCACGUGCCUAGACGAAGUGCGGCAUGGUCUGGAAGAUGGCGACUUCGUCGCUUUCUCGGAAGUCGAGGGCAUGACUGAAAUCAACGAGUGCCUGCCAAUGAGAGUCAAAGUCCUCGGCCCAUUCACCUUCAGCGUCGGAGACACAACUCGGUUCGAAGAUUGUGGUCGUGGAGGCAUCGCAACGCAGAUCAAGAUGCCGAAAGACAUCGAGUUUAAACCCUUGAAGGAGUCCCUAGUGUCUCCCGUAUUUCUUUCGCCGAGCUUCGCCAAGCCAGAUCGCCCAGCCCUGCUGCAUGUCGGUUUCCAAGCUCUGCAUGCUUUCCAAAAGAAGCACUCCCGUUUGCCGCGCCCUUGGGACAAGGAGGACGCAGCUGAGGUGGUGCGCAUGGCCAAAGCGAAGAAUGAGCUGAUGUCCUCGCCCCUGGCGGGGUUGGACGAGAAGCUACUGACCACGAUGGCCUGCGUGUCGGCUGGCUCCCUGUGUCCCAUUCAGGCGGUCAUCGGAGGCAUUGCUGCCCAGGAACUCAUGAAGGCUUGCAGUAGCAAGUUUAUGCCGAUCCAACAGUGGUUCUACUUUGAUGCUCUCGAGUGCCUUCCGCAGACGGGUGACAUCACUGAAAGAAGUGCGAAUGCGUUGGCAAAGACGCGGUAUGCUGCUCAAGCAUGCGUCUUUGGAGCAGAUGUGCAGGAGAAACUAGCGUCACAGAAGUACUUUCUGGUUGGUGCGGGGGCAAUCGGUUGCGAACUGCUCAAAAACUUCGCUAUGAUGGGCCUGGGCACGGGUGGUGGCUGCGUCUACGUCACGGAUAUGGACAUAAUUGAGCGCUCCAACCUGAACCGGCAGUUUCUAUUCCGACCGUGGGACGUUGGUCAACUGAAGUCUGUUACUGCAGCGAAGGCCGUGGCCAGAAUGAACCCAGAGGUGAAAAUUAUCUCUAAUUGCCACCGUGUUGGCCCUGACUCCGAGCACAUCUACACUGACGACUUCUUCGGUACCCUGGACGGAGUGGCCAACGCGCUAGACAAUGUCGACUCCCGCACCUACAUCGACCUCCGGUGCGUCCAGAUGAACAAGCCCCUCCUCGAGUCGGGUACGCUGGGUACCAAGGGCAACGUCCAGGUGGUGGUUCCCCGCCUGUCCGAGUCGUACUCCUCCUCGCACGACCCGCCCGAGAAAUCCAUCCCUAUCUGCACGCUCAAGCACUUCCCCAAUGCCAUCGAGCACACGUUGCAGUGGGCCCGUGAUGAAUUCGAAGGCUUGUUCAAGCAAAGGCCUGAAGAAGCGCUGAAGUACCUGGAAGAUCCCACAUUUGUGGAGAACACGUUGAAACUUCAGAGUGACCAGCCCGUGGAGAUCCUUGCAAGCGUGAAGCAGGAACUCGUGGACGAGAGGCCCAGGUCAUUUGCCGACUGCGUAGCGUGGGCCAGGCUCCACUUCGAAAGCCAGUAUAGCAACCAGAUCAAGCAGCUCCUCUACAACUUUCCGAAGGAUCACCAAACCUCCACGGGUGCUCUAUUCUGGUCUGGCUUCAAGCGUUGUCCCCACCCCAUUGAAUUUGAUGCCGGCGAGGAGCUUCACAUGGACUACAUUGUCGCCGCAGCCAACCUGCGAGCAGCCGUCUACGGCAUCCGAAACUGCACGGACCGACAAGAGAUCGGCCGCAUCCUCGAGCGCGUCAAGGUGCCCCUGUUCGUGCCGAAGUCGGGCGUGCAGAUAUCGGUGACUGAAAGUGACGCACCAUCUAGGGCUGCAGGGCUUGAUGACCCGGACCGGGCCACAAACAUCGCCAAGGAGCUACCUCCGCCCUUCAAGCUGGUGGACGUUAGCAUCAUGCCGCAGGAGUUUGAGAAGGACGACGACACCAACUUUCACAUGGACUUCAUUGUGGCAGCGUCCAACCUUCGUGCGGCCAACUACGACAUUCAACCGGCAGAUCGGCACCACAGCAAGCUUAUCGCGGGAAAGAUCAUUCCGGCCAUUGCAACCACCACGUCUCUGGUCGCUGGUCUCGUCUGCCUUGAGCUCUACAAGCUGGUACAGGGGCACAACAAGCUGGAGCUGUACCGAAACAGCUUCGUCAACCUGGCAUUGCCAUUCUUCGGAUUCACAGAGCCGAUUGCCGCGAAGAAGAGCACGAUCAACGGCCGUGAGUACACGCUCUGGGACCACAUCGAAGUUGAAGGCGAGCUCACGUUGCAACAAUUUCUGGACUACUUCAAGACUAAGUACGAGGUCGAGAUUACCAUGCUGUCUCACGGACUGUCCAUGGUCUACUCGUUCACGUUGCCUCCACCAAAGCUCAGCGAACGCCUUGACCUUCCCAUGAGUGAGGUGGUGGCCCAGGUGUCAAAGAAGCCUAUCGAGCCUCACGUGCGCAAUCUGAUAUUCGAGCUCUUGUGCAACGACAAGAACGGCGAGGACAUCGAGGACAUGCCGCCCGUCCACUACCUGCUUCCCAAGUGAAGAACAGCCGCCUGUCAAGCCGUGG